CUCAUCUCUGAACCUGCUCAGAUCCGCUCGGAUCAUUUCACACCAGUCUAAAGGAAGAGCCGAAGCCGAGAGCCUGAGCGUUGACACGCGUGAGGAGCUCCUUCUGAUCUGAUCUCUGGAGCUUCCGAUGUAUUCGAACGUGAAUGCAGGCAUUUCUUUAAUGAAGGCGCUGGUUAUGGUUGUUAUUUUUUGAAAUACAGCUCUUGAAACCUGUAAGAUCACGCGUGUCUGAAGAAAUUAUUUUCUUGAGAAAAACAUUUACAACGAUCCUCGUGGAUUUGUAUGUCACGCAUAUUUUUAAAUACACGCAUGAUUGUGAAGUUAUCGGUAAGUGAGGCGUUAAUAAAAGUGAAGGUUUGAAAAUAAAUUUGUGUGGAAGACAAAUCAGUUCAUGCACAGUCUUCCAUUGUAAAAGGAUUCCCGUAAUUAUUUACAUAAUCUAUGAAUCUGGUUUUUAAUGCGUUUUUACAUAGCAUUUUUUGGUGGGAUUGGAGCACAGCGCUAUGUUAGAUCUUUGUUGAAUAUUUAACCCUGAGACUGUUCCUCUGUAAGCAUCAUGAUGGCAAAACAUUGUCCUAAUGAUGACCUAAGUAAGAUCUCUGAUGAUGAACUGGUCAGAUGGAGCAAAGAGGACUUGAUCAAGAGACUGAGAAGGGCUGACAGUGAGAAAAUGAACCUAAUGCUAGAACAUGGGAACAUGAUGAAGGACAUCAACCGCAGACUGCAGGUGCACCUCCAUGAGAUCCGUAAUCUAAAGGAGAUCAACCAGAAACUGCAAGACGAUAACCAGGAGCUCAGGGAACUCUGCUGCUUUCUCGAUGAUGAUCGGCAGAAAGGUAAGAAGCUGUCUCGGGAAUGGCAGAGGUUUGGGAGGUAUUCGGCCAGCUCCAUGUGGAAGGAGGUGAGCACCUAUCAGCAGAAACUCAAGGAGCUGGAAGUCAACCAGGAAAACGUCCUCCGGGAGAAUGCAGAACUAAAGGAGAUCAUUCUCAUGUUGGAUGAAGAUAGGAAUGGUGCAGGAUCUAGGAGCUCUAUAGACAGCCAGUCUAGUUUGAGCAACCUGAAUGGAGGUUCGAGCAUUGUCAGAGAUGUUGGCGAUGGGAGCAGUACCUCCAGCGGUGGAAGUGCUGGCAGCCCAGACCAUCAUCAUAAUCACAAGACUGUAGAAACCAAGAUUGGCACCGUACGACGAUCAAUGGAUGAUCUCUCCGCUCCGCAUCAUCACAGGAGCAUUCCCAAUGGACUCAAUGAUGCAUCCUCAAACUACAUUCGCCAGCUAGAAACCAAGGUCCGGAUUCUAGAAGACAAUAACAACAAACUGCUCUCACAACCCUGUAGCCGUUAUAGCUUAUCAAAGCUGUCCAUGAAGUGUAAUCCGGGAGACCUGCGAGUCCUGCGGAAGGGCAUGACCCUCUACCACUCAGAAUCACAGCUGUCUUCCCUCCCCCAGAGGCAGGAGGCCCUACUGAAUGGGACUGGAAGGCUACAGACCAGUGAGUCUUCUCCUUCCACCGGGUUUGUCUCAUCUGUACAGAAACCUGAAGCUGUGGUUCAUGCCAUGAAGGUUCUGGAGGUCCAUGAUAAUCUGGACAAGCAGCUUCCAGAAGAAAGUGAAGAAGACCUGAGUGAGAAAGAGAAAGCCAUAGUGCGAGAGAUGUGCAAUGUGGUGUGGCGAAAGCUCGGUGACGCAGCAGGAUCAAAGCCGUCUAUCCGACAGAAGCUCUCUGGGAAUCAGUUCAAAGGUCAGCUCUAACACAUGAGGAACAUCUCUCCUUCUGUUCAGCCACCAUGAAACUCCAGCAGCACCAAACUGAGAAACUGCUCACGGCAUCAACAGCACACACAAACAUUUCUGUCCACUACCAUCAUCCAUGUCAAAUAAUUUGGUGUCCAACUAUUGCCAUUAACAUUGGACCACUACACUCCAAUUUUCAGUCAAUCAGUGAACAUGUAAAGCAAUAAUCUGCAUUGAAAUGACAUUUUUUGACUGUUAAUUAUAUUCCUUUCUUUAUUGAUGAAAUGGAUCUGGUUUGAGUUUACCAACUCUGGACUGUUCAGUUGACAAUUACCCAACGGUCAAUUUGACCGAAUGUAGAUUUAGAGAAGGAACACUAAAAGGACAGUGUCACUUUGGACUGGACUCAUGAAGUGUUUAUGACUGGCAGCUAGUCAUGUUCAGUCAGCUUGCCUCUUUUUUCUUUUUUUUUUUUUACCUCACAAUAUUGUUUUUACAUAACAGUGAUGUCAGAAAACUCAUUGUUUCCUUACACCCUUUUAGACAAAGUUGGGUCCAUCAAACUGUAGUUUACUCCUUUCAGAGUGAUACCAGAUAAUGCUCACUCACUCCACUGAGUUCCGGUACCCUUCCUGUGCAAGUAAUGUACAGUAAUGACUCUGAAAGACAAUGUAAGAUAUGUACAAAAAUCACUUUAUUAUGUUGUCUUUUUAAGUGUUUUUACUUUUUCUAGUAGCUGUUUUUAAUAAGUUCCAACUUAACGGCGCAUGGGGUUUCUUAACAGCGCAACACUUUUUGAUCAAUGCAACUCAGACACAAAAGCAGCACAAAACAUGCUGAAUUAGAUUUUUCCCUUUUCCUGUAUGAAAAAAAAAUGGUGGUCACAACUGAAAUUCAUUGUUUUUGUAUAUUUAAGAUGUCAGAUUUUAAAACGGUGUGCUGUGCAUGCUAGACAAUCACGUCUCAGGUCUAGGGAAAUGGCAAGUGUACAUCAUGUCUGAAAGAUAGUAGUUUUUUUCUUUUCCAGCCUUUUUAAGUCCUUGAUUGACCCAUUAACAAAUUGAUGCAUUGGCAGAAAUAAUUGUGCUAACCUAAUGUUUUAAAGGUCUAGGCUAUCUGUUUCACCCCUAGGAGUUUACCUACAAAUCUAAAACUCCCGAAUGUCCUUUCUCAUGAUUCAAGUAAAAAAAAAAAAAUUGCAAUGCUUCACUCUGACCUCCACCUCCUAGUUUAAAUCAAAGCAACUUUGUGACAAGUAGACAAGUCCAUCAAUAUGUCCUGCCCCAACUUAAUUUUUCAGUCCAUAAAGGAAAACUGCGCCCAUCUAGCAUCGAGUUUCAUGGGCGUUUAAGUAGUUGUUGCAGGGGGAUUCUCUGUCACUGUCAGUUAGUAUUAUUGUUGUUUGUUUUGGAUGAAAAAUUAUCACAAGCCCUCAUGGAAUCCAUUAGAAAUUAUGCAUAUUUCCCAUCCCCUGUUUGUUCAUUUAUUAUAUAUUUUGGCUAGUUUAAUAAUGCUUUCUCUUAUCAAAAAGCACUUUCAGCACCAUUUAACACAUUUUAAGGUUUAAAUUCCUCACAUUUUCCCUCAAAAGUCUGCAGGGCCUGCUAUUCAGCAGAGAACUAUUGUUACCAUUAAUCUUAAAUAGUGAUCAAGGUCUGGAUAUAGUAAGUGACGUUCAGCUCAUUUAAAUGCAUGUCAGCAAUAGUUUAAUGUAUGCAAGUCUCUUUUUCCUGAUAUUCUUUUCAAUGUCAAAUAAACCACUCAGUUCAAAAACAGGCAUGCCUAUAAAUGAAAUACUACGGCUGUGUCCAGAUUCCAAAAGGAAUAGUAUAUAAAACAGUACACAUUUUACAACCGUAAACAGUAGCAUUGACAUUAAAAAGUCUAGAAAUAUUUCAUAUUUGAAUAAAUAGCAACUAAUUCAGUUCGAUCUUCAUACUGGCAAUGGAAGGUCGAGCACACUGCAUUGUGGGAUAUAUAUGUUGUAUGCUGCAUUUUGUUGUAUUCCGAACAUGGCCAAAAGAUGUAAUUGUAAAUGGGUAAAAGCUAAAGACAGAGUUUUAACAUGAAUUAACCAGAGGUGUUUUCUUUAUUAGUAAGAGUGCAUUUGAUUGGCUGGCAAUGAGUUAUGACCCACCUGUUACAAACAUGAGAAGUUGCUAUUGUUGUUAAUGAAAGGAGUUGCAAGCAGAUCCUAAGCGGUCUUAACACAAAGCCAUGAUUUUUUUGGGAUGAGAUUAUUUGGCAUGUGCUGCCUCUUUUGUGCAUGGGGUUUUAUUUGGAACCUAUGCACCUACUCCCUGUGUUGUUUUAUUGUGUAAAACCUCUGAGGUUUAUCCUGUCUUCAGUGUUAAUAGCUGCGAGCAUGACUGCAGGAUACAUUUUAUGGUAAAGACGUAAAGAAAAAAGGUGUACAAAGUGAACCAGACAAUUUUGUCAAUAAACAAACUAUUGCUUUA